UUGACCAGCAGCAAAGCACUCCAGCAAACCAAUGUGUUUCUACCUUCCUGAAGCAGGAGAAACGGGGAGAGAAAAGGAUCAGCUUAAUCAGAAAGAGGGAUUUUUUUCCACUGCUGGCAGCUCACCAUGGCUCUUUCUCACGGGAUCCUUGCUUCUGGGCUCUUUCUGCUGCUCUUCGUAACGCUGGUUUCAGCACAGCAAGGAGGAUGUUCUGUUGAUAACAGCAAACCAAGCGUUUAUGAAAAUAAUCCUCCUGGCUACGUGGUGGCCACCGUCCAUGUGGAAUCAGGCUUCACCGUAAGGAUUGAUCUGACUUCCCCCGAUGCUAGGUUUUUCACUUUACAGGGGUCCGAGCUGCAGCUCAGCCAAAGUGUGGACUAUGAGAAAGACUCCUUGCUGCUGGUGUACUUGAUCUGCCAGAAUGCUGCCGGGCAGAGCGAAAACCUGGAAAUCUUUGUGACCAUUCUCAAUGUGAACGAUAACAGCCCGGUGUUCAAACAAACGAAUUUCACUGAAGUUGUUCCCGAGGAUACAAAAGUGAAUGCAACCAUUGUAACCCGUGAAGAUUUAAGCGCUACCGAUGCUGACCUGGACACCAUCUUUUACGAGCUCACAACCACAGUGCCGGUCACAGAUGGUUAUUUUGCCAUCAAAGGAGUCAAUAACCCAGAAAUCUAUUUACAAAAAACAUUGGACUAUGAGAAAUUUAAAUGGACGACGUUGAUCUUGUACGCAAGGGACAGGCCUGCGGGCAGCAAUGAUGCCACCAACACAGCCACCGCUACAAUAAACAUCAUUAUAGAACAAGCAGACACCAAACCACCCUGGUUCCUUCCCUGCACCUUCAUUAACGCAGACAACAGCAUUUGCAUCAGCAGCCCCUACACUGGCAGGGUCAACAUGUCUGAGAUGUCGACGGAACCACUCAUCCUCCAGCCAGGACCUGUCUAUGCUAUUGAUCCUGACUACACUAUCAAUGAAAAAAUCAUGUACAGUAUUGUUGGUGGGAAUGCUGAUCAAGUGUUCUCAGUGGAUGCAGACACAGGGAACCUAACUAUGAACAAAGAAGCAACUUCCCCAGACUCGUACCUGUUGCAGGUCAUGGCCACCCAGGUCAACAAUAUACAGAAAUACUCCAUAGCCAUUGUUGAGAUCAAGGUCAUCAAUAAAAGUCAUUAUGCACCGUACUUUGAACACAGGAUCUACAACGGGACAGCAUUUGUUGGUCAGGCCCCAAGAAGCUUUGUCUUCCAAGCUGGUGAUUCUUCAAGACCCCUGAUGAUAACGGCAGUGGAUUAUGAUUUCCUUGAUAAAGUCAACCCAAACAUUGAGUACUAUCUAAAGAACAGCACCGAUUUCAUUGCAACCAGAGAUGGACUCAUACUGACAAAUGUGAUACUGCAGUCACCGGGAACUGUAACCAUUGAGGCUGUUGGAAAAGACGUGGUGAGCCUGCAGGAGGCAAGCACUGUAAUCAUAGUAGAAGUUGUCCUUGCCGCAGCUGUGACGCCCCCUGAUCAGACACACACAGCUCAGGUCAUGGGCAUCUUAGGUGGGACAUUAGGAACACUGCUACUAAUUGCCUUAAUCUUCCUUGGAGUGAUGAUCUAUAAACAGUACGGGAAACCAGUCAAACACCUGAUGAGGAAAAAGGUCUCCAAGAAAAUCUCUGGGGGUCACCAGAACCUAUCUUACAAGCCAGAUGAACACCCAGAUGUGGGCAUCAAACAGCAUGAGACAUCAGAAAGCAGCAGUGUCCAGCCAGUGUCACAAGUGCUAGAGCAGACAGCACUUCCCUUGCCCGCUUCCAAUGCAGAAGAAGUUGAAAGCCUCCCAAAGUCUUCCAUAGCUUCCACCAUAACCUUUGGCCAGGAAGAGAAAGAGGAAGAAAUGGAAGAAGAAACUGAGAAUGAGAAAGAAGUGAAGUCUAUCCUCAAGACAGACAGGCGUGUGGCAGAUGAUGGCUACAAAGCUGUGUGGUUUAAGACUGAUGUGGAUCCAGAAGCUGGAGAGAAGGUUGAAGUGAUUGAGGUUGAUGUAGCAGAUGGUGAUGAUGACAGUGACCAAGAUAUGCAGAAGAACGAGGAAGAGGAGGAGGAAGAAGAUUAUGACAAGGAUGAUCACCAAAGAGGACUGGGAGUGUCCUUUGCAUCAGAGACUUCAUUGCUCCCCGCUGCAGAAGCCAUGGUCAACAUGUCUCUCACAGACACAGUGGCGGAUGAUGACAGUCGCAUGUAAUAGACUGCUUGGCUGUUCUCCUCGGGGUGUAGCAGUUUGAUGCCUGCUGCGGGGCAUAAGCCACUGCAAGCCACCCUGACCCUGUGUUGCUCAUAGGUCUGUGUCCAGGAGCUCACUUCAGGGCUUGGCUCUGCUCUCCGCUGUGCCAGACUCUGUGCUUGCAGCACAAGCAGCUGCCAUCUGCCACCAUGGUCCUCAUCCUGCCAGCAGCCAAGAGCUCCCAUGCUCAGGGGCUGAUGUUUCCUCCCUCGCUGGUAAGAAAGGACUGCCCACGUGUUCUCUACUGAAGGACCUCGUCAUCAAUUUUUCUAUGUCAUAAAACCAUUACUUGUGCAGUGCUUCUUUAGCUCUGUCUCCUGGUUGUCAGGCAGAAGAGCAGCUCCUGCCCUGCCCUGCCCUGCCUACAAAAUGGCAAGGAUAUUUCCAGCAGCAAUAGGUAUCAUUCCAGGAGUGCUAGAUGUGGGGUCACCACACUGCUUCCCAAUGUUUCUCUUGUCCAACAGGGCUGAAGGUAUCCUUUUUAUCGUUGCUGCUGGAGGUGGAGGCGGUCAUCACCUCCAAGUGCCAGAUGCCACCACUAUUCUGCUGUGCCAACCCCUUUGCAUUUGACCUUCCACCACUCAUGAGGAGUCCAGUGGGUUCUUUUGCCAUCUUUCAGGCUUCACCUAAAGUUGAGGUUAUUCAUUAAGACCAAGUCCACCUUCCUGCGCUCAGUUUAUGAGUUCAGGCUUGACCUAGAAAAGCCUACUGAGCCCUGGAUUGACUUUAAGGGGUGAUGGCACCAUAGCAUGUUGGACCCACCCUCCCUCAUCUUUCAGCAAUAUUGUCCUCAGUUAUAGUCCUGCCGUAAAGCACCAACUCAGCAAAGCGAAUACAUCAUUUCAGGCAGCACAGGGAGAAAAGUUUUGAAUGCUCUGGUCUAGAUUUCUACCUCCCAUCAACCAAUCUCUUCCCUGAUCUGGCAACCAAACCUGGGCAGAUGUCCACUGGCAAACAAUGUGGCUGUGUGCGUUUGCAUCUUCUGAUCCACCAGCACAAAAUUGCUGCUGCCGGUUUUCUCAUUUUCAAGCCAUGGCAGACAUGGACUGUUGAGGGUUCAACCUCCAGAAGAAGCUCAGGAGUGUUUGAAACAGAGAUGAAAUGGGAGGAGCUUGGGUCACUAGUGUUUAUGGCACCUUCUCAGCUUAGCACAGGAUUCAAGAAGAUGAGUCUCCUGGUAGAGAAGAAAAACCAAAAAAUAAUCCUGCCACAGCACAAAUGAUAAAAGAAAAGCUUUUAUCAUCUUGGUCCACUCUUUAUUUCUGUACAUUUCCAUGUCCCAGUGUUCCUAGUGCUCAGCUCUGCUCUCUUUUCUCUGAGGACAGCUGCCCUUGCAGUGUGGACCUCUGGAGCUGCAUUUCUGCUGAAGGUGAAGAUGGAGAUGCUCAAAGGUCUCCUCCUUACUGCAAUAAAGUGAUUUGCCCAGAAAUUACAAGUACUGUUUGUCUGAUAAGGGAGGGUGGGGAAUGCGCCCUGUGUUUGCCAUGUAAGCAUGGUUCCUUCUGUAGAUUAGGGUUAUUUCCAGCAAACAUUUCCCAUGGGACUGUGGGAACUCUCCAGUAGCUGCUAAAUAGAAUCAUAGAAUGAUUUGGGUUGAAAUGGACCAUCCAUUCCUAUCCCUGCCAUGGGUAGGGACACCUCCCACUGGAUGAGGGGCUCCAAGCCCCAUCCAACCUGGCCUUCAACACCUCCAGGGAUGGCGCAGCCACCACUGCUCUGGGCAACCUGGGCCAGGGCCUCCCUACCCUCACAGCAAAACAUUUCUGCCUAAGAUCUCAUCUCAAUCUUUACAGGAAAACAUUUCAUCUUAAGAUCUGAUUUCAAUCUCCCCUCUAUUCUUGCUCACCCAAGACCUUCAGCCACCAGCAGAGCUGAGGGUAGAGCCCAACCUGCCCUGCAUGCUGAUGCUACUCGUCAUGGGUGGAAAAGUUUGGACUGUUCCUACUCUACCCCUC